AACCUGCUGUCAUUGUCAAAAUAUUGAAGAAUAUUCUCGUGAAAACUUCCUACAGCGUUUAUUUAUAAGUGCAUUUUUUAAUUUUUUAAGAUUCAAUCAUGAAUGUUAUUGCUAGAACUCGUGUUUCUAUUUUACGCCCCCUUGUUAGUGUAAGAAUGUAUUCCGGAGAGCCUGGGUCCGGAGCGGGCAAGGGUGGCGGCGGUGGCGGUGCCAUCCGUGAGGCAGGCGGUACCUUCGGCAAGAUGGAGGCUGCGAGAGAAGAUGAAUACUUCUACAAGAAGCAAAAAGAGCAACUUGCCAACUUGAAGGGGCACUUGAACAAGGAGAUUGCCUUCCAUCAGGACCAGAUCAAGCGUCACGAAGACGCCAUCCGCCGUCACAAGGAACAAAUGUCCACCAUGGACUCGAAAUAAAUCAAAAUAAAGCACUAGGCUUUACAAUUACUUAAAAAUACUUACUUAAAAUUCAUAAAAAUCUGAAUUUGGAAAACAACAUGUAAUUUGUAGAAGCUUUUCAUCUGAACAUUCGAUGGUUUUUGUUUAAGAUUGUAAUGUAACGGAUUGAUGUAAGAUUACAAAUUGUUUGUUUUAAGAAUGCUUUAUACUUGAGCUUUUAUUUCGUUUAGUUAUUAGACUGAGGUUUGAGCAAUAUAUUGUCUACAAACA